CUGUCAAUCAGCCGUGUCAUUCACCCACGUCAUAACUACCGUUCUACUGCGACGCGUGCUACUAUCUAUAUGCCACUCUUAGCCCGUACGCUCCCUCGCUGUACUCACACAUCUUCAAUAACACAACUACCAUACCAGCUAACUAUUUGGAGGAAAUCAUGGACUGGAAAAGGUCUGUUUACGCCAUAUUGCUUAUCAAUCUCUCCUUGGUUGAUUUAUGUGCUGGAAUAUGCGGUGGCAAUCUGACUGGCUAUUUUGGUGUGAUCAAGUCCCCMAGAUAUCCUCAAACGUAUCCCAACUUCGCUCACUGUGUGUGGAACAUUAAGGUACAAAAAGGCUUUCGGGUACGAAUGAGGUUCACAGAGUUUGACAUCGAGCCCUUCUAUAAGUGUGAAUACGACUGGGUCAUGCUUCGAUCCGAUAACAACUCAACACCGAGGUUCUGUGGUAAGAGAACCAAGUUAAACCCGUACAAACCAAAGAUUUUAACGUCACCAACCAACGAAGCAAAGCUUAUCUUCCACUCUGAUUACUCCAACGAAGAGAAGUACAUUGGGUUUGUAGCUCACUACGUUGCUGUAGACACUGACGAAUGCAGCAGAAGCAAAGGCCAAUGUGAUCAUUAUUGUCAUAACUAUCUUGGUGGCCAUUAUUGCUCAUGUAGAGCUGGCUAUAAACUGAUGCCUGACAAGAGAUCCUGUAAUGUUAUUUSCAACAAUCAGCGAUUGACAGGCAGACGAGGAACGAUUGUCACACCAGAAUACCCAAAGGCUUACCCUAAGAACGCCAACUGUGAUUGGUCAAUAUCUGUUGAGAAAGGUUACCAAGUCACUCUCUACUUUCAAACGUUUGACGUGGAAGACCAUCCUGAGGUCCCAUGCCCUUAUGACUAUGUCAAGGUAUCGGCGGGAAUUGGCCGACGUCGCGGUGGUCCAUUGUGUGGGAAAACGUUGCCUCAAAAUAUUUCUUCAUCCGGGAACUACAUGCAUAUACAAUUCGUUUCUGACUCUUCAGGCUUCAACAAGGGUUUUAAAGCCUUUUAUGAAACACAUGGUAUUAGAUGCCCAAAGCAGUCAGCACCUCGCAAUGGAAUAAUGAAAGGAAACAGUUUUUCAUUCAAAGAUACUCUCGAAUUCUCUUGUUUACCUGGUUACCAGUUAUUUGGGUCAUACAUCCGGGACUGUAAAAACACUGGCACRUGGAGUGGUGUCACGCCAUCAUGUARACGGCGUUCUUGUGGUCAUCCGGGUAUACUUUUUGUGGAGAAACAAAAUAUAAUGGAACAAGGCUGAGUCAGUGCCGACGAAGAAUUGUGGGUGGGCAGGAGACAUUGAAAGGAGCGUAUCCAUGGCACGUUCUUCUAAAGAAGUCAAACAGGGUGGCUUGUGGAGGGUCGUUGCUCAACGAGAGAUGGGUUCUUACAGCGGCCCAUUGUGUGAAAGAGUCAGUGGGAGGUGGAAUUGUACCAYUAAACAAAUUGGAGCUGUUCAUUGGUCUUCAYCGGACAUCUAAAACAAAUGCYCGUCAAGUGCAGAGGAGAAACGUAUCACAAAUUAUCACUCACGUAGACUUUGACUUCUCGCUAUUUGACUCAGAUCUAGCACUACUUAAAAUUGAUGGUGAAGUGACUAUCGACGAGUUUGCAAGACCCGUUUGUCUACCGAAAAAAAUGAGUGACGUCUCAUUGAUGACUCCCCUUAAGUUUGGAAUGGCAGUUGGAUGGGGAGCUACAAGUGGAAUUCUACAAAUAAAUCCUAAGAAAAACGUCGCUGCUGACACACUAAAAGAAGCRUGCUUACCAGUGGUAUCAAAAGCUGUUUGUCAAAAUGCCUUUUUAAACGAGGGAUAUACCGUCACCGAUAACAUGUUGUGCGCUGGUUACACUUCUGGUGGACAGGACAUUUGUCAGGGGGACUCUGGAGGAGGUUUUGUCUUCUUCGAUUCAAAGUCCAACAAGUGGAAACUGGGUGGAGUUGUAAGCUGGAGCAGUGGAAGAGGUUGUGGUUUGAAAGACAAGUAUAGUGUAUUUGUCAGGGUCGUGCGGUUUGUCCAAUGGAUCGAGCAGAACAUGUUUUAGUCAAGCGACGAGGGAGAUAUAUAUUCCUUAUAAGGAAUAUGCAUCCUUAUUAGGAAGUAGCUUAUCAUACGGAUGAUGAUGGUAUGGAUGCUUUUAGCGGUUUUGUUUUGUUUCAUAAGAAACUGCGUUAUUAUGGUGRUAACUAUGGAGAUCAUUGCCAUGGAAACAUUAAURCCUCACCACUARGAUGCAGUGGCUGUAGCCAUGACAACCUUGUAGAUAGAACAAUUUGUUUUUGUGUGUAUAGUUUGUCUAGAAAUAUAAUCAAGUUUUAUGAUUUUCAAUAAGCAUCAAGAAAUAGUUUUAUGUCAUUACUAACUCUUAACAACAUAUGUUUUAAGCUAUUAAAAAUAUACAAGAGUAUCAUUAUAUUAAAAGGGCUUUUUAGGGCUUUUUUGAAAGCUAUUUCAAUUCUAACUUAAACGUAGUCCAUGAGCAUUUUUUACUUCUUUCAAGAUAAUUAUUGUAUUACGUUGUAAGUUACGUUUCGUUACGUAAUGAAUUGCGUAUUAUUACAUUGCUAGGAACGUAUCAUACGCUAUCAAAUGCUUAUUAUUGCGUUUGUAAUUAAGCUACAACGUUUCGUUACGUCAUGAGAUGCGCAUUAUUACGUUAUAUGUCUCUUAUCAUAAUACUACAUUUUUUAAAUAUAAAACAUAAUCCUUGGUAAAGCGGUACAAUUUCUUUCCAGGAAAGUCCCCGGUAGCUUAAGUAAAGCACUUGUUUCAAUUGCAACUUUCUUAAUAAAGAUUUACUGAUUAAGCAUUUUCUUUGGCGUUUAAAAACAAAAGGCRUGAUAUUGGAUUGUUUUUCCAUAAUUUUAAGUGACAGAAUAUGACAUGUAGCUUGGAGAUACGAAUUUUAUCGGCUUUACUACGCUAACUCCUCAAAGAUCUUUUCAACCAUCGAAGAGAAAAUCUGUAUCUCCGCGCGACCAUGAAAUAUCCUUCAUUUAUCAUGUAAUUAUAUGUGARAAUCUAUACAGUAUUUCUCUCUUUCGAAAAGUUCUUAUUUUCACUAGUGAAAAUAAUACAUUCGUGGCUUCUCUGUCCUUAAUUUCUAGUUGGAUUUGGAGGUGGCAGUGUCAUUUAUUGUGAAACAUUCCUUGUCACAACAAUCUCUACAGUUACCCGAGCGGUUUAUGUGCUGGUAUAUGUGAGAGUAUUUGUCCCGAGAGAGGUGUUCAAUCACGUGUGUUUGAAAAUGGCGGGAAGUUUCCCCACAUAACAAGCAGAACAGCUUGCGCAAACAAAUUUAUAAACGACACAUGAGAGUAAUCCUCUAGGGACAAAUGUCCUUCACAUUAAAGAAAUUACCGGUCUUGAAGUUGUUAAACACUAGUUCAAUGUUGAUGUUGAUGUAAUUCGUUUACUAAAUACAGAUGUUCUAUUUCUCUAUGACAACAUACUUGCAA